AUGGAUGAGGCAGAGUUGCGAGCAGCUGUUUUUUUGGCACUAGAAGAACAAGAGAAAGUGGAGAACAAAGCACCUCUGGUAAAUGAAAGCUUGAAAACUUUUUUAGGUACAAAAGAUGGUCGUUUGGUAGCAGGUCUUGUUGCAGAAUUUCUACAUUUUUUCAAUCUUGAUUUUACAUUGGCUGUUUUCCAGCCUGAAUCAAGCACACUAAAUGGCCUUGAUGGUCGAGAAAACUUAGCUCGAGAUUUGGGAAUUACAGAAGAAGGAGGUACUGUGGGUGGUCCCCUGUUAUUGGAGGUUGUUCGAAAAUGUCAGCAGAAAAAUAUUUCAGACAAUGGAGAAGUGGCUCCAGUUCCAAGUGAUAGCCUGUGCCCCACAUCAAAAUCAUCUGAUGGAAGAUCAAGUACACACCCUGUACCAAGUAAGGCUGCUGAAACCACUCAAAAUGAUACAAGUGAUUCAUCAGGGGAAGGAAGCAAAAGAAGCAUUCAUUUUCUGCCUAAUGAAACAAACCUAGAUUCUCAACUAGAAAACAAAGACUUAAAUACCAAAGAAAAAAGUGAUCCAGGUGUGGAUGAAGACGAUGUAGAGGGAGAUUCUUUUUUUGAUGAUCCUAUACCCAAACCAGAAAGAACUUAUGGCUGGAAAACUGAAACUAAUAAAGCAGGAGGUCUAGCAUCCCUUUCUGACGCACCGCCUCUAAAAAGUGGAUUAAGCUCCCUGACUGGUGCACCUUUGCUAAAGGAGUCUGAUAAUUUGCAUAAAAACAGUGUUUUGAAAGACCUCCAGUUGGUGAAUGCAAAACUGGGAUCACUAGAAUUAGGAAAUGGAGAUGAUGACGAGUAUGCUGAUGACUUCAACAGUACUAGUCAUCGCUCAGAAAAAAGUGAUAUCAGUAUUGGUGAAGAAAUAGAUGAGAUUUCUGUGGGAACAGAAGAGUCAAUUGCCAGUGAUAAACUUGAAGGCAUCACACAAGACCUUACUAUUUCUCAGUUAAGUGAUGUGGCCGAUUAUCUAGAAGACGUGGCAUAG